CAGAUAAUUGAACUAACCGUUGACCAAGACCCCCUCACUUGACUCACCAGUCCGCCGCGACGACUUCUCCGGACCAACUCGUUAAUGGCCGCUCCGUCGUCGUCGUCUCCUUCUACUUCGUUUUCUUGUUCCUCCUCUCCUUCUCUCUAAGGGCUAUGAACACUAACAUCAAGGCAGUCAUAGCCGCCGCCGCCGCAGGCUUUUCCGCUGGGAUCCUAAUCUUCACCAGAAUCCUCUGGGUCUGCUGCGGACGCUGCAAAGCCCGGAAUAUUAAUUCUGCCGGCCGUGGCCGGCAAGCCAGCGCUGCCACGGACACGGCCGAGCUGUCCUUGAUCACCGUCGAUGAGAGCGCGUCCUUCGACCCCUCCCUCCAGAUCUCCAUGGCCGAGCUCGAGGAGGCGACGAAGCAAUUCGCGCCCGAUCUCAUCGUCGGGGACGGCGGGUUCGGGUGGGUCUACAAGGCCCAGCUCUCCACCGGAGUCACCGUCGCGAUCAAGAAGCUCUCCCCCGACGCCCUCCAAGGCUUCCGGGAGUUCCGCGCCGAGAUGGAGACUCUCUGCAAGCUCCAGCACCCGAACAUCGUCAAGAUGCUCGGCUACUGCGUGUCGAACACCGACCGGGUCCUCGUCUACGAGUUCAUCGAGAAGGGCAGCCUCGACCUGUGGCUCCACAACACGUCGAUGGAGAGCGACAACCACGUGAUUUGGCCGGGCCAGGCCAUAGAGCAAUUCGUGCCCCUGUCAUGGGCCGCCAGGGUCAAAAUUAUCCAAGACGUGGCCGGUGGGUUGGCCUACCUACACGGCCUGCCCGAGCCCAUUAUCCACCGGGACAUCAAAGCCAGCAAUGUGCUGUUGGACCGGAAUUUCAACGCUCUCAUUGCCGAUUUCGGGCUGGCCCGCUGGAUCGAUCCAUUGCGCACCCAUUUGACAACUGCUGUGGCAGGCACGAUGGGGUACAUGCCCCCCGAGUACCGGGCGGGGCUCAACAAGGCCACGAUCAAGGGCGACGUCUACAGCUUUGGGAUUCUUAUGUUCGAGGUUGCCACAGGCAAGGAUCCCAAUAGGCCGACCAAUAUGGCCGGUGGCAAGGGGUGGAAAAAGUACGACAUUGAAGUGGCCCUUAUUGAAUGGGCCAGACGUAUGUUGUUGAGAGAGAAGGAGAUGGAGAUGAUUGAUCCAGUUAUAACGAGGGAAGGGCUGGAUGAGGCUCAGGUGAAGGAGUACUUCAGGAUUGCUACUCUAUGCACCAAUGAACAUAACAAGAAACGGGCUUCCAUGACAGAAGUUGUCGGCUUGUUAAAUCGGGUUUUAUCGUCUUGAAGUGCAAGGCAAGAUUCAGAUACGGCAGUGGCUAAUUUCAACUUCUUAGUUCAAGAUAUGCCCGCGAUGUAUCUUAAUUUAGCACUAGAGGCAUGACCGUCACUACAGGCGGGAUUAAAAGUAACUUUAAUAUAGAUUCGUACAGAUAUAGAUAUAGACAUUGCUGUACAAGAUCAUUAUAUGAGACGGUCGUAUGCAAUGGAUUUAGUUUGGUUGCUAGAGCA